CAACAAGCUACAGAAAAGUGCAUAAUAUUCUCCCCUUUUUAAAAGUUUUGUUUCCAAAAUUGCUAUCUUUACUUAACCACGGUGAUAUUGGUUGUUCCGGACAAGUCAGAAAAGUGAAAAUCGCUACGGAUAAUCUUUAAAGUGCGCAUUAGUUUGAUUCACAGCACUUGUUUGCUUUUGCACAAUCGUUGAACGUUGGACAACAAUGCCAAACAAAUACGAUAUAGAAGUGAAAGAGGACCUCGAUAACAGCGGAUUGUUCGAGCUCAUGGAAAGCAACGGCUCACCGGAAAUGUGGGAAUCGAAUAAUCUAACUCCACCGUCGUGGAUGAAGGGCCUCACGCAGGAUGAUAUAAAUGCAAUGUAUCAACUUGGAGCCUUAUCAAAGAACGGAUUGCUGGCCGAAAUCAAGAAAAUAUUUGACCAAGCGUACAACAUAGGACUGCAGGAAGCAAAGGAGAUUACAAAAGGGAAAAAUUUGGAAAUAUUCUCCAAUUUAACCCGACGAAAGUGAAUAAGACGUUUUUUUCCUUUCCCAUGUGAGCGAUCAUAUGGAGCAAUGCACGAUAUAUGGUUUUAAAAUAAAGAAUUUUCACGAUUGACCAACACAAUAGCAAAAACGAA